AUGGCCGGUGCUCUUGAAAAUGCUCGUAAAGAGAUUAAAAGAAUCUCAUUAGAAGAUCAUAAAGAAUCUGAAUAUGGUUCAAUUUAUUCAGUUUCAGGUCCUGUUGUUAUUGCUGAAAAUAUGAUUGGUUGUGCGAUGUAUGAAUUAGUUAAAGUUGGUCAUGAUAACUUGGUUGGUGAAGUUAUUAGAAUUGACGCUGAUAAGGCAACUAUUCAAGUUUAUGAAGAAACUGCAGGUGUUACUGUUGGUGAUCCUGUUUUAAGAACUGGUAAACCUUUAUCUGUUGAAUUAGGUCCAGGUUUAAUGGAAACUAUUUAUGAUGGUAUUCAAAGACCUUUGAAAACUAUUAAAGAUCAAUCACAAUCUAUUUAUAUUCCAAGAGGUAUUGAUGCUCCAGCCUUAUCAAGAUCUAUUGAAUAUGAUUUUAAACCAGGUCAAUUAAAAGUUGGUGAUCAUAUUAGUGGAGGUGAUAUCUUUGGUUCAAUUUUUGAAAAUUCUUUAUUAAAUGAUCAUAAAAUUUUAUUACCACCAAGAGCAAGAGGUACAAUUACUUCUAUUGCAGAAGCUGGUUCUUAUAACAUUGAUGAACCAAUUUUAGAAUUAGAAUUUGAUGGUGUUAAACAUAAUUAUUCAAUGUAUCAUACAUGGCCAGUUCGUGUUCCAAGACCAGUUGCUGAAAAAUUAUCUGCUGAUUAUCCAUUAUUAACUGGUCAAAGAGUUUUAGAUUCUUUAUUCCCAGUUGUUCAAGGUGGUACUACAUGUAUUCCAGGUGCUUUUGGUUGUGGUAAAACUGUUAUUUCUCAAUCUUUAUCAAAAUUUUCAAAUUCAGAUGCAAUUAUUUAUGUUGGUUGUGAUCUUUCUAUUCCUUGGUACAAUUUACUAACAAAAUAUCAAAUAGGUGAAAGAGGUAAUGAAAUGGCAGAAGUUUUAAUGGAAUUCCCAGAAUUAUAUACUGAAAUUUCAGGUAGUAAAGAACCAAUUAUGAAACGUACUACAUUAGUUGCAAAUACUUCAAAUAUGCCUGUUGCAGCAAGAGAAGCUUCUAUUUAUACUGGUAUUACAUUAGCUGAAUAUUUCAGAGAUCAAGGUAAAAACGUUGCAAUGAUUGCUGAUUCAUCAUCAAGAUGGGCUGAAGCUUUAAGAGAAAUUUCAGGUCGUCUUGGUGAAAUGCCUGCUGAUCAAGGUUUCCCAGCUUAUUUAGGUGCUAAAUUAGCUUCAUUUUAUGAAAGAGCCGGUAAGGCAACUGCAUUAGGUUCACCAAAUCGUGUUGGUUCAGUUUCUAUUGUUGCUGCUGUUUCACCAGCUGGUGGUGAUUUCUCAGAUCCUGUUACAACAUCAACCUUAGGUAUUACACAAGUUUUCUGGGGUUUAGAUAAAAAAUUAGCUCAAAGAAAACAUUUCCCUUCAAUUAACACAUCAGUUUCUUAUUCUAAAUAUACUAAUGUUUUAAAUAAAUAUUAUGAUGAUAAUUAUCCAGAAUUCCCAUCAUUAAGAGAUAAGAUUAGAGAAAUUUUAUCAAAUGCAGAAGAAUUAGAACAAGUUGUUCAAUUAGUUGGUAAAACUGCUCUUUCAGAUUCUGAUAAAAUUACAUUAGAUGUUGCAAAUUUAAUUAAAGAAGAUUUCUUGCAACAAAAUGGUUAUUCAACUUAUGAUCAAUUCUGUCCAGUUUGGAAAACUUUUGAUAUGAUGAGAGCUUUUGUUGGUUAUUAUGAUGAAGCUCAAAAAGCUGUUGCAAAUGGUGCUAAUUGGUCUAAAUUAUCUGAACAAACUUCAGAUGUUAAACAUUCUGUUUCUUCUGCUAAAUUCUUUGAACCUUCAAAAGGUGAAGCUGCUGGUAAAGAAGAAUUUGAAAAAUUAGUUUCAUCAAUUUCUGAAAGAUUUGCUGAAGCAAGCGAAUAG